GCACUAACUAUUCUACGAGCGCCCAAGAAGUACAGUGCGGCGAGCUCGAGCGCACUAGCAGUGUGAACCGGACUGUAUGUAAUGAACUCAUUAUAAAACUGUCUGACCCGGUGUGUUCGCUGAGAUUAGCCAAUCAGUGUCUGGGCUGGAGAGCUUCAACAGCAGAGCGGUGUAACAACAUUUGUCAGUUGCAGGUGGAGACGUAUUAGCACAGGACAGGACAGGGCAGGAGGAGAGGGAGGAGAGACUGGAAACACCGCCGGAGAAAUUUGGCUAUAACAAAGAAGGAUAUUGUCAAGAAAGUGAUAACGUAACGUUUUAUAAUAAUUUAUUGAAAAAAAACUGAAACAUUCCGUGUAACAGCAGUUUUAAAACUCUGGACAAGAUGUUCUAUCAUUUUGUCUAGAACAACUAUUUCCGACAAGACUUUACCCAGAACAAUCAUUCUACUUGCACAAUUUGAGUUGGAGGAAAGUUUCAGGAAAGGUCUACAAUGGCGAAAUCUAAGAACUUUGGAAUCGACGCGCUGUUGGCGCACCGGGACAGCUCCCCGGGACUGCGUUUUGAGGACAGCCGCGUCUCUUACCACCCGUCGGAAACACCGUCCCCGCAGAGGACCCACAACGGUAUCCACAUUCAGAACGGAAUGAUCCACAAACCGGGUCUACUGAACUUCUCCCAGCCGGGACUCACCCAGCUGUCUCAGGGGGCCAUCCAUGGAAUGUAUCCCACUCACAUGUACCGCAUCGCGGCCCUGGGGGGGCAGCACCCUGCCUUUACCUACCCCGGUUUUGCGCAGCAUGCCCAGCAGUACCCAGAGCACCUACACCCGGCAGCUGUGGCUGGGUUCCCGUUAGAACACUGGAUUAGAGCCGGAAUGAUGCUUCCAAAACUAGGGGACUACGGUACCUCUUCUCAGGAUAGUCUGAUGGGGAAGUGUCGUAGGCCCAGAACAGCCUUCACCAGUCAACAGCUACUACACCUGGAAAACCAGUUCAAACUCAACAAAUACCUGUCCAGACCUAAACGCUUUGAGGUGGCCACCUCUCUCGUGCUCACAGAGACACAGGUGAAGAUCUGGUUCCAGAACAGACGCAUGAAGUGGAAGCGGAGCCGCAAGGCCAAGGAGCAGGCAGCCCAUGUCCAGGGGGAAUACGACUGCCCACACAGGGGGAAGAACAGCACCAAGACUGGGUCAGGAGAUACCCGGAACUCUGGUACCCUAGAGGAUGAGGAGGAUCUGGAAGCAGAAGAGGAAGAUGAGGAGGAUGUGUUAAGUGCUAGUACAUUAGCAGCUGGAGUGGGUUUAGUGUCUCACCCCACAAAUUUCCUGAGGCACACCGUUACGGAUCUCAGCUAUAGUUCUCGUGGUUUUUACUCAGUAGAUGAACUAGAGGAUCGUGGACCUGGGCUGGAGAGGAGGUUCCUGUUCCUGUUCCUGUUCCAGUUCCAGUUCCUGUUCCAGUUCCAGUUCCAGUUCCUGUUUCAGUUCCUGUUCCUGUUCCAGUUCCUGUUCCAGUUCCAGUUCCUGUUCCUGUUCCUGUUCCAGUUCCAGUUCCAGUUCCUGUUCCUGUUCCUGUUUCAGUAA